AAUAAUAAGAAAAAUGUAUCUAAAUAAUAUAAAAUUAGCCCCGUACCAUCGAUAGUGACGAAAAACUAUCGAUGAAGGCUCAGAAAGGGAAAAAUUCGAUACCUCGAUAGUACCAUUGAUAGGUUCUGCAUAAAAACAAAACAAAAUAACAAAAUGUCAAAAAUAUUUACGCCCACGAAUCAAAUUCGACUCACAAAUGUCGCGAUUGUGCGACUUAAAAAGGGAGGCAAGCGAUUCGAGAUAGCCUGCUACAAAAACAAAGUCCUUUCCUGGAGGAACAACAGCGAAAAGGACAUCGAUGAGGUCCUGCAAACGCACACAGUGUUCACGAACGUGUCCAAAGGACAGGCUGCCAAGAAGGACGAGCUGCAGAAGGCCUUCAACAAAACGGAUGAGACCGAGAUCUGCAAAGAAAUCCUGAGCAAAGGCGAGCUCCAGGUCUCGGAGAAGGAGCGCCAGAGUGUCCUGGACACGCAGCUCAACAGCAUAGUCAACAGCGUGGCCGCUCUGUGCGUGAAUCCAGAGACUCGUCGCCCCUACUCGUCCUCAAUUAUUGAGAAAUCCCUAAAGGAUGCCCACUUUUCCGUCAAGAUGAACAAGAACACCAAGCAGAACACACUGGAGGCCAUCAAGAUGCUGCGGGAGCACCUGCCCAUCGAGCGAUCGCGCAUGAAGCUCCGCGUCAGCUUUGCAGGCAAGGAGGGUGGCGGUAAGCUGAAGGAGGCGGUGGUCAAGCUGGCCAACACCGUGGAGCACGAGGAAUGGGAGGAGGCCACCCUGCAUCUCACUCUCCUCAUCGAUCCCGGCCAAUAUCGUGUCAUUGACGAGCUGGUGAGGAACGAGACAAAGGGCAAGGGACUGCUGGAGCUGCUCGAACUGAAGGAGGUGGUGGAGAGCGAGGAACUCUUCUAGGAAACACUGAACUAUGAAGAAUUUGAUGUAAAUUGUGGCUUCUUUUGUUGAUAUUUAUGUGAAACAUAAAGGAAAAUACUUUAAAAUAUAUAGGGCAUCAGUUUUUAAAA